UAUACUGACCAAAAUUGUGUGAUUAAACUAAUAGUGAACGAGUCACAGUAUUUUUCACAGUCUUAUUAUUAAGGGAGGAACCGUUGAGACAAAUCGGAAUCUGUUCAGAACGAGCAUUUAUUUUCCGAACAUCGAGAAGGUCCCUAAAGGCAGCAUACGUCACAGAAAUGGCGAAGUCCGUAAACAGCAGCAGAUUAACGGAGUCAGAGUGAAAGCUCACUUAUUCACGAUGAGCAGCCUUGACUCUGACCGUGUGGACAGCCUGGAUGGCUGGGUGGCCGUUAAAAGCAAUAUAUUCGAAGAACCCGAGACUUUUAAAUUGGGUUUUAUCGUUCAGUGGAACGUUAUCGAGUCCAAGUUCGCUGUCACCUGCCACAACCGGACGUUGCAGCGACUGAGGCGGAAAAGUGAAACCCGUGAAACAAGGGCUGAAAAUCAGGUGAGCUGGUCCGGACUUUUUUCUGCGUCAGACCUGAAACACAUCCACCAACAGUUCACAUGUGUGGCCGAUUCUCUGGGCUCCUGCUUCCCGGAUCUGUCCGAGUUUGGGGACGGCAACAUCUGGGAACUGCUCUUUCUGACACAGAGGUGGUCGAGUAGCAAAGAUGACGACGAGAGGGAUUUUGACACGCCGUGCAGGAAACUGGAGAAAUAUUUCAGCACAGCCAUUGACAUCUGCGGCAGGAAAAUAGUUCUGGACACGUUAUUUCCUCAGCAGGACGACAGAGAUGUGGAGGAGUAUUUUGAAAACUUGCAGGAGUUUAAGAAGAAGACCAUGCAGGAGGAGAUGUCGAGAGCCAAGGAUCACUUACGACAGCUGAUGCAGAGUCACUCCAGUGCGGACAGAAUGAUGGUCCUCCUCAACCUCUACGAUGAAGAGGACAGGGCCUACCAUGACCUGGUCACUGUGGCCACCAACUUCUUCCAUUAUCUCCUGCAGCCUUUCAGGGACAUGAGAGAGCUGGCCUGUCUCUACAAGAUGGAGAUUCUGGUAGGUUUGACAGUUUUUAUUAACAGCUGUAAAAUAGAAUGGCGGUACACAGUGUUUUCUUAGCUGCAUUUUAGAAGAUUUUAUUCAGGUUUUUUAAAAUCCUGACUGGUGU